AUGUGUGGGAUCGCUUUAAUAAUUUGUAAUUUACCAUUUAACGACAAGUAUUUAUUAAAAAUACUAAAUUUACUGCAAGAAACUAUAUCAAGAAGGGGCCCCGAUUAUUUGGAAAUAGUAAAGUUAUCUACCCAAAAUGAAAUGAAUUUGUGUUUUUUAUCUAGCGUUCUUUGGCUACAAGGCAACAGCUUGUCCAAGCAACCCGUACAAAAUGAACAAUCUGUAUUUAUCUACAACGGAGACAUUUUUAAUGGGAUAUCUGAAGAGUUCCGUAAGAAGUACGGUGAUACAAAUUGUGUAUUUGAAAUAUUAAAUGAAAGUGAUGACAUUCACCAUUCUUUAUUAAAGUUGCAAGGUCCUUAUGCAUUUGUUUACUACGACAAAUUGCACAAUAAACUUCAUUUCGGUAGAGACAAAUAUGGUAGGCGAAGUUUAUUAGUAGGUAAAAAUGGAGAAACAAUUGUAUUGAGUAGUGUUGCGAAAAGGACUGAAGAUUUUGAGUUUAUGGAGUUGCCCUCUAUUGGAACAUUUACUUGGGAUUUGAAUAAAGGCAACUUGGAGCUUUCUCCUUUCAAUGAAAGUUAUUCAACUAAAUUAGGAGAGUUGGAAUUAUUCCUGAAUAAAUCGUUUCUAAUAAAACACACCGCUUAUCCUCCUGAUAUCAAUUUCAUCAAUCCCCCUGCUACUCAACUCGAUUUACUUAAUAAUUUACAUGGUCUACCUACCGAUGAAGCAUUUUCUACGUUACUUGCCCAUUCCGAGUGGCUUGAGAAUGUAAAACAACUACUAGAAUUAUUAGAAGAUUCGAUAAAAAGGAGGAUUUCUAAUCAACCUAAGUUUUGCAAAGCGUGCAUUCACGUGAAACCCAGUUGCACUCACUCAUCUGUAGGCAUAUUGUUUUCUGGCGGUGUAGAUUGCUCUAUUUUGGCUCUAUUAGCAAACAAUUACGUUGAUAAGGAACAACCAAUUGAUUUGUUUAAUGUUUCAUUCGAUGAAGCCCAUGGGUUUUCAUCACCCGAUAGAUUAACAGGUUUACAGACCCUCGAAGAGCUGCAAGAGCUUUGUCCGAAUAGAAAUUGGAGGUUCAUCGAAAUAAAUAUCCCUAAAAGCGAAUUGAAAGAUAUUAGAAGCAAUCGCAUAGCAGAUUUAAUUUAUCCAUUAGAAACUGUAAUAGAUGAUGAUUUAGGCUGCGCUUUAUGGUUCGCUAGUAGAGGCUUACACGAUUCGAAUUGCAGAGUUUUGCUCGUUGGUAUGGGAGCAGACGAGCUAUUUGGUGGUUAUACGAAACACAGAGCGGCUUUCAAACGAGACUCUUGGUCGGGUUUGCACGAUAAACUAAACGAAGACUGGCAAAAUCUGCCUUACAGAAACCUCGCUAGGGACGAUCGAGUCGUGGCAGAUCACGGGAGACAACUACGCACCCCUUAUUUAGACGAGAACGUCGUACACUUUGUUAGAAACUUGCAAUGCUGGGCUAAAUCCUUCCCUUCGGAUAAAGUACCUCAAGGAUUCGGCGAUAAGCUGCUACUCAGAAGCGUAGCCUAUCGAUUGGGAUUGAAAAAAGCGGCCACUUUGAAGAAAAGAGCCUUACAAUUCGGCUCGAGGAUAGCCGAUAGUAAAAAAUCCGCAAACGAAGUUUCAACGACGCUGCACUCCUAA